AAAAUUUUGGAGAACAAGAUGGGACUUGCUGGCUCCAAACUAGAAGACCAAAUAUUAGAACUUCGACUUGCGGAAAAACAGUUGGGUAGAGCUGCAAAAAAGUGUCAAAAGAAUAUUCAAGUGGAGAAAAGAAAGUGCAAAGAGGCCUUGGAAAAAGGGAACCAUGACGGUGCCAGAAUAUUUGCGGAAAACGCUAUAAGAAAUGAAAAACAAUCGUUGGCCUAUUUUAGGCUACAGUCUCGUGUGGAUGCGGUGGUUUCCAAGUUGGAAGCUCAUCAUAAGAUGCAGACGACUACCAACAGUAUCCGAGAUAUCACUGUGAGUUUGGAUAAGGCGCUUCAAUCCAUGAACAUCGAAAAAAUAUCACAAGUGAUGGACAAAUUCGAGAGUCAAUUCGAAGAUAUCGAUUUACGAGCACAAUAUGUUGAUGGAGCUAUUUCACAAACUACGGCAUUAGCAACGCCUAGUGACCAAGUGGAUGCAUUGUUACAAAAGGUUGCGGACGAAAAUGGUUUAGAAUUGGCUGACACGUUGGAUGGUUUGAUACCGAUCAAUCAACUUUCUGGAGAGAAACAAAAACAGCUUCAACGUCCUGAUGACUUGGAAGCAAGAUUUGCAGCUUUGAGUUCGCAAAAGUAACCCUUCGUUGUUGCCACUCGAGAGUAUAAUAGACUCAAUAUUUUGUUGUUGAUAAAGUUUUUCUUCCAUAC